AUGGCUGUGGCACUCUUAGAGGAUUGGUGCAAGGGGAUGGACCUGGACCCCCAGAAAGCCCUGCUCAUCGUGGGCAUCCCUGUGCAGUGCAGUGAGACUGAGAUAAAGGAUUCUCUGAAAGCAGGCUUGUGUACCGUGUGUGCACACAAAGUGAUAGGUAGAAUGUUCAGGAGGGAAGACAAAGCUAAGGCAGUGUUAAUUGAACUUACUGAACCUGUUGAUUAUACUGUGGUACCCAGUCAUAUACCAGGAAAUGGGGGUCCCUGGGAAGUGGUGGUAAAACCCCGUCAUCCAGAUGAUGAGUUUGUCAGUAAGCUGAACUGCUUUCUGAAAGAUGAGGGGCGGAGAAUGAUAGAUGUGUCCAGAGUCAUGGGGUACAGCACUGUCCCCACAGAAGGAAUGGAGCCACAGGACUCACACGAAGUCAAAUCAGAAAGUGUGCAGAUUCCAAAAGAGAGCAUGUGGUACAGAAAACUCAAAGUGUUUUCUGGCAGUGCUUUCCCAGGCCCAGGAGAAGAGACCUUUGAAAUCUGGAUAGAGCAUGUCACUGAGAUGAUGCGGUUAUGGCAGGUGCCCGACAAGGAGAAGCAGAGACGUCUUCUAGAGAGUUUGCAUGGCUCUGCAUUGUCAAUCAUGCGAGCGCUGAAGGCCAGCAAUGACUCCCUAACUGUGGAGCAGUGCCUGGAAGCCCUAAAACAGAUCUUUGGGAGGAAGGAGGACUAUAACAUCUUACAGUCCAGGUUUCUUCAGUCUUCUCGGAAGCCCACAGAGAAGCUAUCUGAUUACUUGGUGCGCUUAGAGCCCCUACUUCAGGAAGUGGUGAAGCAAAGGCCAUUGCCAGCACAAAAUGCAGACAUGAUUCGUCUCAAGCAUAUCUUAUCUCAGGUCUCCAUGACCACUGCUCUGCAGGGCAAGCUGUUGAUCUUAGAUCAGCGAGGGUGCCCACCCACUUUUCUGGAAUUAAUGAAACUCACUCGAGAUGAGGAGGACUGGGAGCAGCAGAAGCAGGUAGACAAGGAGGGGGCCUGUGAGAUGCAGGUAGCAGCAGAGGUCAGUAGAGCAGAUCAGGGUACGUGCCAGACACAGUCUACAAGAGAGAUCAGCACCCAGACCAUACAACAGGAAAUGACUGCAUCAGUGAAACGGAGGAGAGUGCAAAGGAGGCACAACCAUGGGGAAGAAAAGCCUAUGAAGGAAGCAGAUUCUAGGGCUGAAAACAAACCUUGGGAGCAGAAACUCGAGGCUGUAGCAGGCUCAAAAGAUCCAGGCACUCUUUACCCAGACAGGCAGCAGAGAUAUCUUGCUGAGGUGGUGGAGCAGCGCAGACAAACAGCAGGGGACAUGAAUGACAGAGAAACGCAAGGUAGCAAGGUGCAGGGGAAGGCACCUGACACUCCACUAGCUAAAAAAGGCGCUAAGACAGACCACAUUCCACCCAGCUCAGUGUCUGCCCAGUGCAAACCACUUGGAGACUGUCAGAGUCAGGACUGGGGAACUACUGCAGCCAGAAUAAAGGCUGAACCAGAUUCGGGUUGGGACAAGUCAGAGGAUGGUGAGGCUGGGGGUCCUGAGCCAGUGCCCACUGGCACUGAAGCCACAGGGGUCAUGGAGGACCCUGCCGCAGGGUUGUCUUGGCCAGAGGAAACCAGUGACUGGAGGCUAGUGCUGCAAGGCAGGGAGAUGGAGCCCCAGAGAGGAGGUCGCAGGGUCAAGCCAGUCUUCAGGAUUAUGUAUACUGCUCUAGGGGAGCCCCACGAGGUCAGCACCCUUGAGCCCUUUCGAGAGUGA